AUGUGCGUGACGGCCGCGGAUGAAGGCUUCGACUCUCCUGAUGUGGCUGUGCAAAUGGCGAAGGCGGCUGUGCAGAGGGCGAAGGAGGCGGCGGAGCUGGCUGGCGCGGCAGCGCAGAACGCCCUAAAGGCUACGACGCUUGCUGAUCCAGUGACGAAAAGAAUGAAGGACAUCACUGAUGAUGCCAGGCGGAUCGCAGACGAUGCUGUCAGAGCGGCUUCGGCCGCGCGUGCGAUUGAGCGAAGGGUCGGGGAGGUCUGGGGCUGGUGGGGGUGGUGGGCGUGGUAUAUGCCCAAGGACCAAAUCAGGGCGGCAGCCAACCUGGUGGACGACGUUCAUAAACGCAGCUAUCAGCUCGACCGAAAACUUUCCAGGGCAAGCACCACUCUGUCAGAUGCCAGGAGCGCAUCGAGUGCUGCGAACCAGUCUCUCGCGGACGCAGGCAAGGCGAAAGCGAAGGCUCUCGAGGCGGAGAAGAUGGCCGAGGGGGCCAGCGAGGAAGUUCGGGAUGCAGCGAAGCUAACCAAGCUCGCUGCCACUGCUGCCAAGCUGGCUGCGCAGAAAGCGGUGGAUGUGGCACUGGGAUCUUUCAAAGCUGCGGACGCAGCGGCCAAGGCAAUGGAGAAUGCUGUGAGUGCGAUGAAGAGUGCGAAAGAAGCAGCGGACAUGGCCAAGAAGCACACCACCGACGGAUUUUAUUCAACGAGUACAAUCAUUCGGCGCAGCCAUGGAGGAGCCGAGUACUCCGCCACAAUGACGAAGAGGUAUGUUGGCGAUGCACGGGACAUGGCUGAGGCGACGGCGGGGAACAUCACGGAGGUGUCGGCCAGCGCGGAGGCCGCGAUGCGGGCUGCGGCGAGGGCGCUGGGCCGAGAGAUCGAACCGAGGAAGGCUGCGGAGCAUACGCCAAGCCUCGCUGGCACCACAGCUGCCGCGCUCACCCCAGGAUCCACCGGUGGUUCCUCCCCGCGCCCAGGGGGGGUGGUGACGGCACACACGGCCACCGUGAAAAACGAGGUGGUGACACAUUCCGGUGGCCAGCGCACAGGUGAAGUCGCCGAUGGCGUUCGUGUGAAGCGUUCCGAUGAUUUGCACGGCGCCGGCCCCCGAGCACCGGAUGGCACUGGGGAUGUGCAUGGCACAAGGCCCGUCGAAUCAGACACACCGAAGGAUACUGACGAACAUAAGCUGGCUGGGCCAGAACCCGCGGCAUCUGCACGUGGGACUGUGUUGAAUGGGAGUGGGCAAGGCUUGCCGAAUGACUUUGGCAGUGCGGACGGCAGCAGCGGUCAUGCGUGGGUGCGUGCGCCGGUGCUUCUUCUGCUGCUGCUUGGGGCGGUGGCCUGCCUGGCUGUGCGCUGA